UUUCAUCUACUGAGUGUGUGGUAUGGAUGCUGGGGGCUGAGAAGUGGGGGCUUGGUGGGAUAUCUGGCCCGCGCUGAGGUACAUUUGUCCAAGAAUUCUGUUGCUGGAGCAAGAUCCAUCCAUCCAUUCAUUUACAGGCCUUCCCACCAUGGAUUGCCAAGAAAAUGAGUACUGGGACCAAUGGGGACGGUGUGUCACUUGCCAACUGUGUGGACCUGGACAAGAGCUCUCCAAGGACUGUGGUUAUGGAGAGGGUGGAGAUGCAUACUGCACAGCCUGCCCUCCCCGCAGAUACAAAAGCAGCUGGGGACACCAUAGAUGUCAGACUUGCAUCACCUGUGCUGUUAUCAAUCGUAUCCAGAAGGCCAAUUGUACAGCUACCUCUAAUGCCAUCUGUGGGAAGUGUCUGCCCAGAUUCUACCAAAAGACACGUAUUGGAGGCCUACAAGAUCAAGAAUGUAUCCCGUGCACAAAACAGACACCCACCUCUGAAGUUCAGUGUGCCUUCCAGCUGAGCUUAGUGAAGGCAGAUGUACCCACAGUAUCCCCUAAGGAGGCCACACUUGUUGCACUGGUGAGCAGUCUGCUCGUGGUGUUUACCCUGGCCUUCCUGGGGCUCUUCUUCCUCUACUGCAAGCAGUUCUUCAACAGACAUUGCCAGCGUGUUGCAGGAGGUUCACUGCAGUAUGAGGCUGGCAAGAGAGCAGAGGAGGAAUCUCUCUUCCCCAUACCACCUGCCCAGAAGACCAGCCCUGAGUCCCCACUGAGUGAAAGCAUAUUUGAGACCCAGCCACUUAAUUCCAUCCUAGAUGACAACGGCAGCUCAACUCAUGGCUUCCCCAUACAAGAAUCUUUUACCUUGGCCUCCUGUGCCUCAGAGAGCCACUCCCACUGGGUCCACACUCCCGUUGAAUGCACAGAGCUGGACCUGCGAAAGUUUUCCAGUUCUGCUUCCUAUACUGGAGCUGAGACCUUAGCAGGAAAUCCAGCUGAAAGCUCUGGAGACAGGCCGGAGCUCACUGUGCUCUUUGAAGUCCUCAGCCCUUAACUCUACUGAGGUGAGCUGGAAAGUAGCCAACCCUGGGUCCUGCUCUUCUCCUUGGGCCACACAGACUUCAUCUGCUUCCUGUGUCAUGAGAUAGCCCUGAAGAAGUCUAAAGAGAGCUUCUCCUGUCUGGAAAGUACCACUUUGAUUCAUUUAAAGUAUGGGGUACUUAAAACUGAAUCCAGUUUCAUGUGAAAUUGUCUUACCAAUGUAGAGUAAGAAUUGUCAAGUCAUCACCUCAAACAGGUGACAUUUUUCUGCUAUUGUACCCUAACCACUGGCCUAAACCAUUUUUUGAGGGAUGGAGAGAAGAAGCAGCUAAUGAGAUUGCCCCAUUGGUUUCUAACUUGCUCUACUCCCUCCCUAGGUCUCUUGGGCUCCUGGCAGCCCAAUCAUUCUCUCUGGACUCUCCUGCCUUGUUCUUAAACCACAACAGCAGCAAGGGCAUGGGAUAUGAUAUCUACAACAAUCUGUACUCUACAGACAGAGCACACCCUAUCUCAUCCUACCAAAGGAUUGAUUCUUCAUCAUUUUCCCAAGACUGACCAGCAGCAUUUCUUGCUUUCCUAUCCUAGGUAGCCUAGAAAGCCAGAUUACCCAGUCAUGGGACUACCAGAUAUGUUCCUAGCUCAGCUUGAUUAUAGACAGGGGGAGAAUAGAUGGCAAUGAAUGGGGUAUAGGUUUACUGCCUGCCUUUUUGAUCAGGUGAACCUGAAGGAGGAGCCUCUCAGUAUCCUAUUGAUACAUUUGCCUUGUACUUUAGGGACAAAAUCAAACUUUUCCUCUUCAGCUACUCUGCACUGCACCCCUCCCCAGUACACACACACACACACACACACACACCCCUACACACAUGUUAGGAGGGGCGUGAAACCUCAGUUCCCCACACAUCUCUUAGACUGCUGUGGCUGUGACAAUCACAGAGCUAAUCCCUUUGCCCCCUGGGGUUUUCCUUUCCACCUACAGGUUUCUUAACUUCUUUAGUGGGGAUCCAACUCCGUUUAUUUUUUACCUUUAAAAUGGUACUUCCUAAAGUUCCUUUUAUCUUCUUUCUCUUCUUUUCUUGCCUCUUUUGUCCCUUCAUCGUGCCUGAUCUUCUUAAGCCCAAGGCUGAGUCUCUGCAUUCCCAGGGCCAAACUCAGAGCUCAGAGCAUUCGUCUUUAGGGUGACUGUGAAGUCCCUGAGCUCUAGGGGAGACACUUAAGACCUUGGGUUUUCAUUAAAGCCUGCCCUAGGACCUCUCAGGAAACAUUGGUGCUUUCUUAGUUUAGAGAAAACCAAUCAAUUGCUAAGCCUUCACGACCAGUUUCACACGCUUCUUAGAAUAAAGUAAAACUGCUCCCUUCAUGGCUGAUGCCACAGGGUAGGUUGGAACAUCGAGGCUCAGGUGUAGGCACCAUGUAUUGUUUUUAAGUCUCCCUUAUGUCCACAAUAGGCCAAUUAGGCUGACAUCUACUCCCUCACAUAGGUCAGAUUUUGAAAUAAAAAUUGCCCAGAUGAAUAGAGAAACUAUUUUAUUUGCUUGGUAUUAAUAGCAGCCUAUAUAGUCCAGCAUACCCAGAAAAGAGCUAUACAAAAUAUAUCUUAGUGACCUGGAUAACCAUGAUGGUGUGGUCACUCACCCAGAGCCAGUAUGAAGUACGGAGUAUGAAGUUAAGUGGGCCCUAGGAAGCACUGCUGUCAAUAAAGCUAGUGGAGAUGAUGGAAUUCCAGCAGAGCUAUUUAAAUUCCUAAAAGUUGAUGCUAUCAAAGUGCUGCACUCAGUACGUCAGCAAAUUUGGAAAACCCAGCG